AUGCCCCCUCGAACCACAAGACUCUCCGACAAGGCCGCUCUCCCCUUCAAAACUUCUAAUAAGCAGCGAAGGCAGGAUCUCCACGUCAAGCAGAAACGUGCGCGAGAUGCAUUGAAAAGGGCCGAAAGAUUCAGUCGCAAAAAGGAAGAGGCGAAGAACCCGAGGUUGCGGGAAGAGCGGCUGCGGCGCAAUGUUCCUAUUACGUUAGACAAGAAACGGGUCUACGAUGAAAUCGCGUACGAGCCUGAAGAUGGUGGCCUGGGGAUGGUCUACGAUGUGGAAAGGCUGAAGAGAAGGAAGUUGGGUGAGGAACAAGAAUUACAGCAGGGUGUGGAUGAGGCGGAUGACAUGGCAGGAAAAGAAGAGGGCGAUGAAGAUCACGACUCCAUGCUGGAGGACAGCGACGACGACGGGAAUCACCCCGACGAGGACGAUCUCGAACCCGCAGAUUUGGACGAGGAUACCCAGGACCCUCUGCCCUCAAAGUCUCAGCUCAACUACUCAACGACUCGGUUGAAAGAUCGCGCAAGCUCACCAUCCCGUUCAACGACCUCAACCAACCUCUCUCUCGCUCCCGCGGCCCUUGCUGCGAAAUUCCCGACUCUGUUCUUGUCCCCGGACUCGCCUCCUCCACCUACACCCAAAAUUUUAAUCACCACAUCGAUAAACUCGACCUUGCACGAUGAAGCUGCCACUCUCACCUCGUUAUUCCCUUAUUCAAAGUACAUUCGCCGCUCGUCCCACCGGUACGGGUAUAAGUUCUCUGUGCGUGAAAUCUCCGCCUUUGCGGCAAAGCACGGAUACACGUCAGUCAUCGUCCUCGAAGAGAAUCAAAAGAAGCCCUCAGGCAUGACUGUUGUGCAUUUACCCGUGGGCCCAACAUUCCACUUCACCAUCUCGAAUUGGUAUUCGGGCAAACAGAUCCCUGGCCACGGUCGCCCCACAGACCACGUUCCUGAACUGAUCCUGAACAACUUUACAACCCCGCUCGGCCUGAUAACGGCCCAGCUCUUCCGCUCUCUCUUCCCCGCCACACCGGAGCUACACGGCCGGCAGGUCCUAACGCUGCACAAUCAGCGUGACUACAUCUUCCUACGCCGCCAUCGGUACAUGUUUCGUGCAAAGCGGGAAACAGAGAGAUCCGUGGUCGGCGCCGAUGGGAAGGAGAUGAGGGGCACGGAAGGCAUCAGAGCUGGAUUGCAGGAACUAGGACCUAGAAUGACGCUCAAACUGAGGAGGGUAGAUAAGAGAAUACAAAGGGCAAGUGGACAGGAAUGGGAAUGGAAAGCCAAGAUGGAGAAGACGAGGACGAAGUUCCAGCUUUGA